AUGAUUCCCCGAAUCGCUGAUUAUUCUGAAAGCCAACAUGAUUUUGCUGCACACGACACACAAUCAGAGGCACCGUUUAUUGUUGAUGCAAGUCACUUUUAUGGAAGCAACGUCUCUGUGAAAUUGACUCCCAAACAUGAUCAAUACUUUACAUUAAGCCUAGGACUGCCUCCAUUCUUUCUACCGGUUGUAGUGGAUAAUUUUACUUCUCCAAUUAUUCACUACGAUCGUAACACAACUCUUGUGAUCACAUGCAAGUACGUACCACAAGAAUAUCAAGGCUCUUCGUCUCUUCCUUUGGACAGCGACACAGUGUACAUUGUAAAGAUGUCAUUAACUCCGUCAUCUGUAUCUCAGUUAGAAAACGAUGCUUCUAUAUCCAGAUAUCUAGAAAAGAGUCUGAAAGCUAAUCAUGUAGCUCCCUCAAUUCAUGCCUAUCUUAAAGACUAUUUCAUUAUUGUGAAGGAAUAUAUAUCUGGAUCAUCGUUGAAACGUUUGACUAUGGAAAAACCAACAGCAGACCUGGAUACACUCCAAAAGACUCUAGAAGUAGCUAUCAAAUUAUGUUCAGGUGUUGACCAACUUCACAUGAUGAGAGUAGUUCAUUGCGAUCUAUCCCCUGAAAAUAUUAUUUGGGGCCAAUCAACUGUUACAAUUAUUGACUUUGGCCUGAGCGAGCUAUUACCAUUGUCCACUCCUUAUGUAUAUACCUCAAAUCCAAAGGGAAACGUUCGAUACAUGUCUCCAGAAGCAACUGGCCGCCUUCCAAAACCCUUAGGGUUUUAUAGUGACAUUUAUAGCCUUGGAUUUGUCUUGUUCGAAAUGAUUGCAAAAGACCAUCCGUUCAAUAACUGUGUGAAAAGCUCAGAUUAUAUAUUCUCUCACAUCACAAAGCAGCCAGAGUCGUUGUAUCAAAAUUUAAAACGAAGAGAAAUCAUUAAGGAUGAAAACUCCACAUUCGCAACAGUGGUUCAUGCGAUCGCGCUAGUUGUUAACAAGAUGGUUCAAAAAUCCUUUGACAAGAGAUACUUUUGCAUGGAGGGUGUUAUUGCUGAUCUUGAUAUUAUAUUGAAAUGCAUCCAAAAAGAAGACAAUUCUUGCCUCCAUAACUUUAUUCCAGGACAACACGAUGUUCAAACAACGAUUUCUAUUCCUUUCGUUGUGUAUGGAAGGGAUUCAAUUAUUGAUGAAAUGAAUACUCGUUUGCAAACCAUGAUUGACAUGCAAGUACCAACCUUAAUCAUGGUACGAGGAUAUAGUGGUGUCGGAAAAACAAGUAUUGUGCAAGAGUUUAGAAAUCGAUGUAAGGACAAAAUUGUGUACUUGGAAGCAAAGUAUGAUCAAAAUCAAAACGUGCCAUUUUUUGCUUUUACCUCAAUCAUUAGCACGAUCAUCGAGACUGUACUUGGAGAAACAGAAGAGUUUAUUUCCGAAUUUAAAAGCUAUGUUCUUGCAUGGCUUAAUAUUACACAGCUUGAGAUGCUUUCUGAAGUAAUUACUAAUUUUAGUUUAUUAUUUCCUUCGUAUCAAAGCAGAUCUAGCGCAUUCGUUUUGGAGGAACACCAGGAAGCAGUCAAGUGGUUUUCUCAAGGAGUCAUUUUCCUGUUAAAAGCAUAUAAUCAAAUGCAGCACAAGCCAAUAACCAUUUUCAUAGAUAACGUGCAGAGGAUAGAUUUCGAAUCGAUAAAGUUAUUAAAGGAAAUGAUGGGAUUGGGAACCUGUGAAGUAUUUCCUUUGCUUUUGAUAUUUGCAUACAGAGAUAAUGAAGUGAAGGACAACAAUUACCACCCGUUGAAUAUUUUUCUAAAAUCAGCUCGAUCCAUUCGAGGUCCAGUAACUGACAUUGAGGUCCCAGAACUGACUGAAGAAGACUGCAAUAAUUUGGUCUCAGUGUCACUACACCGAACUCCACGAGACACUGAAAACCUCACGAAAGUACUGUAUUCCAAGACCAAAGGAAAUCCAUUCUUCUUGAAACAAAUGCUUGUAACACUUUUCAAGGAAGAAAAAAUAUUUUUUAACCGAACCUUACAGGCAAUCUCAUGGAAUUUGGAAGAAAUAGGUCAAGUGAAAUAUUCACAAAAUGUUGUUGACUUUUUAUUGAUUCGAUUUGAUUACAUGCCACCAGAUACUAAAAAAGCACUAGCAUAUGCUUCAUGUAUUGGAUGCAAAGCCUUAUUACCACAUUUAUUUCACUUAAUGAACCUUACGAACGAUGAAUAUUCUACUUUAGGGCUGAAAGAAAGUCUCGAACACGGAGUUCAAGAAGGAUGGAUCAGCUACAUUAACUCUCAUACUUUACAAUUCAACCAUGAUCGAUUACAAUACGCAGCAAAUUCGUCAUUAUCAGAAAAAGAAAAAACCAAAAUCCAUUACACAUACGGAAAGUAUUUGUUACAAAAGGUUAAGGCUGGUGAAAUGGCUCUAGAAGAGGCAAUAUUUGACAUUGUAGUUCAUUUAAACCACAGAUCUAAAGACCCCAAAAUGCUUAAUUCUCCCAAGAAACGUAGACGCCUGUUAGAAUUGAACAAAAUGGCUGCCAAGAAAGCAAUCAGUAGUUGCUGCGCAAUAGAGCAAGCAAAGGUGUUCGCAAAUACGUCGUUAGAAAUUUUACGACUUGAGAAAGAUGUUUGGAUGGAACCACUGUAUCAGACGACUUUUGAACUCUUUAUGAUACAUGGAAAUUGUGAAUAUGUGACCAAUGUUGAAUCUGCAAUCUCUAUCUUCAAUACGGCCUUGAAAAAAGCAAAAACCAGAUUACAUAUUUUUGAAGCUUGUUAUAAUCUCGAGAUGUGUUAUUUGACCCAAGGAAAGUUCGAAGCCGUGUUUGAAUUGUUGACGACUCAUUUUUUUCCAGCGUUUGAAGAAUUGAAGUUUUUAACAGUCCCUUCGAAUCGAAAUGUCGAUGUGUUGCGAGAAUGGAUCGACAACAAGAUGAAAGACAUGAAAAAGAAUCUAAUUCCUAAAUUUACCAAAAAGGACGUUCUAGAAUUGCCUGACAUGACAGAUCCAGAGAAUAUGUAUUUUAUACAAAUGCUUUCUCAGGGUAGCCCAGCAAUCUUCCAUAUGAAAUCACUAGACACCAUGCAUACUCCAAACAGCAGGUUUAUUUUUAUGACCUGCAUGUUGAUAGGCAUGGAAAAAGUACUCACGAAUGGAAUGUGUCUUGAUGCUCCUAUUUUACUCGCCCUCUGCUCUCAUUUUUGGAGUACGUAUGACAUUUGGCCUAGGAUGACGAUAUUUAUCGAAGCUUCGAUAGAAAUCUCACGAAAUCGAUACAAGAAUCAGCAGCAUUGGUCCUCGUGCCUCUUGCUGAAAAUUAUGGACUUUGCUUUAUUUCCAAACAUCAAUGCCUUGGAAGUUUGGAAUUUGAUGGAGGAAGCUUUUCUAUUGACAGUCAAGUGUAACAACAAUAGAGGUUACGGAGUGUUCACCAUAACCUAUUACCCCUUCUACCAUUUCUUUUUUGCUAAUUCUGACAUCAAAACUUCUAUUGAGCUCAGCAAGCAGUGCAUUGCCGUUAUUAAGGACAUUGGAAACUGUGUCCUUUUAGAUACCAGUAACAUGAUCCUUGAGAUGAAGAGAGUCAUUUGUGGUGAGGCGGAGAGUUUUGACCCUGCAUACACUUGUGACAUUGUUCACUAUCCUGUUUUUAGAUGUAUGCACUUCUUGUUUAAAGCAAUUUCACUCUACUUUCAACAGCAAUUGGAAGAAUCGUUUGCAUGCAUUGAACAGACGUUUGAUUUUAAAGAAGAAGCGUUAGGAAUGUGUGUUGAGUGGGUUAUGGUUAUUUCACAGGGUUUAAUUUGUUGUGCUGUUCAAAAGUAUAUUCUAUUGAAUCACAUAGCCAACCAAGAGGAGAGACUUCAAAAAAGUGACAAAAUCAUUGAGGACGUCCUGCAACGAUUAGAAAGGCUCUGUCAAUGUAAUUCAUUGAUUUUCCCAAGUCCAUUUGCAUUGAUCAAAGCAGAAAAGUUAUUCUGUGACUAUUUACGGUUUGGACAUGACAACACCAGGAGCAUUAUCAAUUUGAUGACACAAAGUUUGACACUUGCCACUCAAGAAAGAAACCACUUUAUGGUGAAGUUAUGCAACCUGAAAUUGGGAGAGUUAUUCAAAGAUCUUAAUCUAUUCGACAGCAUUUCUGGAAAGUAUUUUUUCAACGCGUACGAGCAAUUCAAUGAAAUGGGAGCAUCUCUUAUGGUAAACCAUAUUUGCGAGAAAUAUAAGAAUCAAAUAGAUACCUAUGAACGAGAAAUGGGUACAUCUGUUGCUUCGUCGAUGAGCUCUUCCUCCACCAUUCAACAAGAAUUUGCAUUGACGACCAUUACAAAGACCAGAUUUGCAGAAAUCAACCAAGUUGACUUCAAAGAGAUAUUUAUUUCUAUUUUACCUUUGUUGAAUGAGAAAACUGACUCAAACCGAUGUUGCCUACUACUCAAAAGAAAUAGUAACAUAUAUCUAGAUGCAGAGCUUAUUGACGAAUUAAACCCAAAAGAGAGUAUAUUGCCACACCUGAAUCUUGAAGAAGCGUCUAUUGACAAAAUCGCUGAUAGAUUACCUCGGAAAAUGAUAUACAGGACAAUACGAACGAGAUAUGAGCAAGUUUUUUCUCAAUCUAAGGAAAUUGACCCAUACUUUGAGAAUUCUCACAUUGCCUCUGCAUUAUGUUUACCAAUUAUUCGUGAAAAAAGCGUGAUUGGAUGCAUCUAUCUCGAAAAUAGAGAAAUCGAAGACUCUUUCACAGUCGAAAAGCUCAACACUGCCAAGUUAAUCAUUUCUAUUAGUAUUGACAAUGCUAAAAUUUUCAGCUCGAUCAACAACUCCUAUGCUCGAUUUCUUCCAUCAGAAUUUUUAAAGCUCCUUGGAAAGAGCCAUGUGACCAAAGUGAGACCGGGUGACGCCAUCUCGCGAGAAAUGACUGUUCUUUUUUCAGAUAUUUAUGGCUUUACAGAAUUGAUGGAGUCUCUUUCAGCCAAAGAAGGGUUUAGUUUCAUGAAUCGACUGCUAUUUAGGACAGCACCUCCUAUAAGCAAGUAUGGUGGGUUCAUCGAUAAGAUAUUAGGUGAUGGUAUUAUGGCAUUGUUUCCUGACCCAUUGUCUGCAGUGAAAGCUUCAUUGGAAAUGAUAUCCGAAUUAGAAAAAUUCAACACUGAGAAUGUGUACAGUGUAACAAUGGGAAUUGGCGUUUCAAAUGGCGUGGUGAGUCUUGGAACCAUUGGAUACAAGGACAGACUCGAUGCUACCGUUAUUUCUGAUAGCACCAAUGUUGCCUCGCGCUGUGAAUCACUCUCAAGAUCAUUUAAAUCAAGAAUCAUUGUUACGGAGAGUGUUAUUAAUGGUUCGAGUCAGAUACCCCAUCAAGAUGCUUACAUUAUUUAUAUUGGAAAAUUUAUUUUGAAGGGCAAACACAUUGCUCGUGAUUUAUAUGCUGUCAAAGGCAAGAAAUGGAAGACCAUUAUCCAAAAUGCAGAUCUGUUCGAAAAAUCUACAAUAUCUCAAGUGGUUUCGUUAUUUCAAUCUAGAAAGUUCGAUCAAUGUCUUGAAUUAACCAAACAAAUUAGAAAUGACAGUACCACAAGCAAUCCUUUUGUACUUGCCAUGUGUCGAUUUUAUUCACAGGCAUGUGACAUUUAUUCGAAUUGCAAACUUCCCGAGUCUUGGUCAGGAGAUAUUCGAUUAAGUAAGGAUGGAGAACCAAAACCUUAUUUUUUGGAAGAGAGUUAUCACUCAUGGUCUAACGUUCAAUGA